AUGGAUCUUCGAAAAUGCAAGAAUUUAACAAAGCUUCCUACCCUCAUGCGAUGCGAAAAUGUUGAAGUAUUACUGGUUAGAGGAUGCAAAAGCUUGGUUGAACUACCUUGCAUGACUCAUCUGAAAUUUCUUCAGAGUGAGCUCGAUUUUAGUUGUUGUGACAGCAUCAAGAAAUUUCCCGAGGUCCCAAAACAUAUAAAGAGAUUAAUCUUAAGCUGCACCGCCAUUGAAGAAGUACCUACGUCAAUCCAAUGCCUGGAAAAGCUCACAUUUUUGGAUUUGAGAGGCACAAGGAUUGGUAAUCUUCCCAGAAGCAUUAUUAAGUUGGAUGCCCUCGAAGAUAUCGAUUUAUCGUAUUGCUCAAAUAUCACCAGCUUUCUCUAUGUUCCAGAGAACACAAAGAACUUUGUUGACUGGUAA